AACAGCUGGUCCCGAGCAAUAACUGAAAAAUGUGGACGAGCAUAGCGAUAUAAAAUUGCGUUCGCGGUAUCCGGAGGUAAACACUUACUUUAUCACGAUGUGGCGACCGGAUGCUGCGGGACUGGAUCGGAGCCGAUUGCGUCUCCUGUUGCUUGUUUACACGCAUCUCUGCUGUCUAGGAGACUGCCUUUUCGUGACAGACUACUUCACCAGAACGCCCAGGAAGCUGAGUGCAUUCCGCUCCUUCGCCAGCGUGGAGCUGUUCCAUUUCAACAUGCCUGAUGACACCGUGCUCGCUGUCUGGAACCUCAUCACCUUCAAGGAGCAGGGGGGCACAUUUGGGGACAGCUGCCCCGACCGCAACGUCACCGUGUAUUUCAGGUCUGGGGCCCCGCCCGUAAUCAAUCCCCUUCACACCCGCUUCCCUCAAGACACCAUCGUCCCGGGGGCAUUUGCCGUAACUCUGACCUGGACACUGCCUAAUCGGACCACCGGGGUCUUCAACGUCACCAGCCCUCUUCCUGGAGACUGGUUCCUGGCUGCACAUUUGCCAAAGGAUGAGGGCAAGAUUUCUGUCAAGGGGCUGUACGAGGAAUGCCAAUACCUGUUCCAACCACAGCUCAUUGUCCAGAGGCUGAUUGGAAUUUCAGUGCUGUAUCCUGGAUACUUCAUAGAUCAGAUGAUCCCAGUUCACAACAGAUCAGUGAUCUACAAAGUGUUCAUCCCGAACUACAUCUCCCAGGUGAAAGUGCAGCUGGUGGACUGCAGCACCAGAAACAAAAGUACAGAGAGCUGUCCGCUGCUGCUGAAGGUCAGGGCCAGAGCACCCCCGCUGCACAACUCCACCUCCGCAGACUGCCAGGAGCAGGUCAUCUGCGAGCUGGACACACCCAUGCCCUCCUGGGAGCACUGGUACUACAUCCUGGUGGAGAGGUACCUCGGCAAUGUCGACAUCUACUUCCGCAUCAGAGUCCAGGUCAAAGAUUGCUCCAAAGCCACCUCUUCGAAGGGACCCCCGGCCUUCAAUAUGCCCCAGUCAUUUGGCUCUGCCAUGGGCGUGUCCCUGUCAGAGACCCUGCCUGCUGCGGGCCUGCCUGGCCUCUCCUGGAACGGCUCGGAGAGGAGCCCUUUCCUGGUGUCUGGGGACAGCCUCGCCUACCUCUCCCCUGCCUCAGACGCUGGCAAGUGCUGGCCCAUCCGCCCCACCCUGCGGAACGAAUUGGACACAUUCUCCGUCCACUUCUACAUCUUCUUCGGCCCCAACAUCUCCGUCCCUCCCGAUAGGGCCACCGUGUUCGCCAUCAACUUGAUGCCCGUCCUGGACAGUGGGGGAGUCCUCAACAUGGAGCUCAGGCUCAACGUGUCUUCAGUGAGAGAGGAGAACAUCACGGUAUUUGGCUGUCUGAACCACGGAAUGCCAGUUUCAUUACCGGAUGCUGCCACAGUCAAAUGCCAGUCUGAGCCCUUUGCAGGGUUUGUCCUCUCCGUCAAUGCCACCUCCAACAUUACCAAGCUGAGGAUUCCGUACCCACAGACGGGCACCUGGUACCUCAGUCUGCGCUCAAGUUGUGCCACCGAUCAUGGGUUUGAAGCGUGCGGCAACGGGACAGCGGAGGUUUACCUGCGCUCCUACCUCACCCCCUGCAUCAAUGACUGCGGGACAUAUGGACAAUGCAAACUCCUCCGCACAAAUAACUACCUGUAUGCCGCAUGCGAGUGCAAAGCAGGCUGGAAUGGGUGGGGCUGUACCGAUAACUCGGAGGCCUACUCCUACGGCUUCCAGCUGCUCUCCACCCUGCUGCUGUGCCUCAGCAACCUGAUGUUCGUGCCCCCCGUGGCCAUCGCCAUCCGCAGCCAAUACCUGCUGGAGGCCUCCGUCUACAUCUUUACCAUGUUCUUCUCCACCUUCUACCACGCCUGUGACCAGCCAGGGAUAGUGGUCUUCUGCAUCAUGGAGUACGACGUCCUGCAGUUCUGCGACUUCCUCGGCUCGCUCAUGUCUGUGUGGGUCACUGUCAUCUCUAUGGCGAGACUCAAGUCUAUCAUCAAACAGGUACUGUACCUGCUGGGGGCCAUGUUGCUGUCGAUGGCACUGCAGCUGGACAGGCACGGCCUCUGGAACCUGCUGGGACCGAGCCUCUUCGCCUUGGGGAUCAUGGCCAUCGCUUGGACCGUGCGCACCAUCCGGCGGCGCCGCUGCUACCCGCCCACCUGGAAGCGCUGGGUCUUCUACCUCUUCCCGGGCACUAUGAUCGCCACCUCGGCCGUGGCCCUCUAUGCCUUCGUGGAGACGGAGGAAAACUACUUCUACAUCCACAGCAUCUGGCACAUGCUGAUCGCCGGCAGUGUGGGCUUUCUGCUGCCGCCACGCGCCAAGCCCGACGCCAAGGUCACGCCCAUGCAGCGGCGGCGGGGCUGCGGCUACCAGCUGUGCGUCAACGAGCACGAGGAGAUGGGCCUGGUGGACCCGGCCAUUGUCACAAUCAACAGCAUCUGCACCAGCUGAUGCCCACCUACCCAACCCC